UACAAAGUCACCAGUCGUGUCAAGACCGUCCCGAAAGAAGGGCUGCCCAAAGUGUGGUUUGAAGCGAAGCCAUCCAUCACCGAUUUGCGAGUUGCAACUCCUGAUUAUUACUAGCCCACAAUGAACACCGGUUUCACCUGGAUUCCGUGGACCUCGCACCAGGGCAUUCCGCCGGUGGCCGUUCACGCCGGCAACGAUCAGGAUGGGUCACCGAUCUACGUCGGUCGAGCGUACCACGAAGGUGACCAGCUGCCAGCGAAGGUCCUCCCGAGCAAACAGGCAGCUUACGUGUCGCACAACGGGAUGGAGAUAUUCAAAUCCAACUUUGAGGUGCUGACGGGAACCGGAUUCACGUGGGUUCACAGUGGCAAUGGCCACGUCCCGGCUGGGGCAGUACUGGCUGGCAGCACAACUUCCGGGGAGCAGCUGUACGUCGGGCGGGCACAUCACGAGGGAAGUUUGACUCCCGGAAAGGUUCAUCGUUCGCACGGCUGUCUGUACAUUCCGUUUGGCGGCGCCGAACAGAGCUUCCUGAGCUACGAGGUCCUCGUAGGACAGCAGCGCUCCUCCUGGCAACACUGCUCGGCCCACGCUCCGGUCCCUCCGGGCGCUAUCUUGGCCGGUCACGACUCCGACAGCUCGCCGAUCUACGUCGGUCGGGCGUACCACGAGGGUGAUCAGCUGCCAGCAAAGGUCCUGCCGAGCAAGCAGAUCGCCUACGUGUGCCACAACGGCCAGGAGGUACCGAAGCACUCGUUCGAGAUACUGUGCAACGGCAACGUGUCCUGGGUUCCGUCCGGAUUUGGUAGCGUACCUCCGAACGCCGUGUUUGGCGGACGUACCUCGACCGGGGAGGCCCUGUACAUUGGCCGGUCCCACUAUAUGGGCAGCCUGACACCGGGCAAGAUCCACCCGAGCCACCAGACGCUCUACAUCCCGUACGGUGGCAGCGAAGUCCCGAUCAAGAACUACGAAGUUCUGAUCGAGCACUAGAAGUUGAUAUCAGUGGCGGCUAGUCAGGCACUAUUGUCGAAGGCAUCAUCUUCCACCGUGGCGUUUAGGAAAGGAUUCCUCAAAAUGUUUCAGAUUCUUGCCAACUCGAAUCGGAUUGUAAUGAAAGUACUUUGGACCCCGUAUAAUCUACUGCAACACAGGAAAAUAAAACCAUAGCAAAUAAUGGUUCGGAUCCGGCAGACUAUCUCCAGUUACUUUCUUGAGUUGCGGUACAAUUUGAAAUAGGGCCCGAAACGCUUUCAUUACAGUUCGCAUCGGUUUGGUAAGCCCUCUAUUACGAGUCAGAAGCUACACAAAUUACAAAAUAUAAAUCGGCAACAAAACGCUGUGCUGUUUCUGUGGCGUUAAAGGCUGGCGGCUGACUUAGAAGGUACAGUCCCGCGUGUUGUCCGGAGUAUUCUUGACCUGAUCGAGUAACACCAGCUCGUAGGUGAUGAUCGUGCCGGCCAUCU